AUGGAAGUUGAUAGUCCUAUGCCUGAAAAUGUGGAUGUAGCGGCUGCUUUAAGCAAGUAUGAGGCUCGAAGAAAGAAAAUAGCUGAGGAAGAAGCUAGGAAACGACGCGAGGGGCUGCUUUCUGACGAAGAUCUGGUUGAUGAUGAUGAUGAUGGUGGGUUUGUUCCACAUCGCCUGCGGAAGAAAGAGAAAAUGCACCGACAGGCCUUGCUUAAACAAGUACUCCAAGUUCCAGUUGACUUAUCCGCCACAAAUGCCGAUAACAGUCAAAAGGCUUUAUUAGAAAGAAAAAGGAAGAAAAAGGAGGAAGAAAAGGAAGCGGAGGAGGCGAAGAAAUCUUUGUUGGAAAAACAUAAUGAAUUAGUUGAAGCAGAAAUCGCGGAAGGCAAAGGACCUGAAGAAAAAAAACGUGAAGAGGAAGAGAAAUUAUUGGAAAGCGUUGCUCCUGGGACUGCACUUAUGGCAGUAGCGGAAAUAGCGCGUGGUAUCAAAUAUGAAGAGUCAAUGAAGACGAGCUGGAGGCCUCCGCGUCACGUAUUGGCAAUGAGCGAUAAUGACCAUGCUCAGACUAGACGAAAGAAGGGGAUACUUGUUGACGGAGAAGACGUGCCACCACCUAUUGCUAGCUUUGUGGAAAUGAAAUUCCCCAAGUGCAUUAUUAAGUCAAUGCGAGAUAAGAACAUUAUUUGUCCUACUCUAAUUCAAAUGCAAGGAAUACCGGUUGCCUUGUCUGGCCGCGAUAUGAUUGGCAUUGCGUCGACGGGUUCGGGGAAAACAUUAACAUUUGUACUCCCCUUAAUCAUGUUUUGUUUGGAACAAGAACUGAAGUUGCCAUUUCGCCAUGGAGAAGGCCCAUACGGCCUGAUUAUUGUUCCAUCCCGUGAACUGGCAAAACAGAUACAUGACGUUAUCGAACGGAUAUUCAAUGACAUAGCAGAUAACUCUCGUUUGCCUCGUCUUCAGGUAGGGUUGUGUAUUGGGGGCCUGCCUAUUGGCGAGCAAGCGCGGAAAUUCGAAAGGGGAGUUCAUGUUUGCGUUGCUACUCCUGGUCGUUUGUCUGACCUUUUAAGCAAAAAAAUUUUCAAUUUGCAAAUCUGCCGAUAUUUGGUGUUGGAUGAAGCUGAUCGCAUGCUCGAUAUGGGAUUCGAAGAGGAACUGCGUACUAUAUUUUCAUUCUUUAAGGACCAGCGACAAACAUUACUUUUUUCUGCUACAAUGCCUCGUAAGAUACAAAAGUUUGCUAGAUCAGCACUGGUACGUGCAAUAAUUGUAAACGUUGGCCGCGCUGGUGCGGCGUCUUUGAAUGUAAUCCAAGAAAUUGAAUAUGUUAGAGCUGAUGAAAAACUUACCAGGAUACUAGAAUGCCUUCAGAAAACUCCUCCAAGAGUUCUCAUAUUUGCUGAGAAGAAGAACGAUGUUGACAACAUAUACGAAUACCUUUUAAUUAAAGGAGUAGACGCUGCAUCCCUACAUGGAGGGAAAGAUCAAAAAGAUCGUCACACAGGUGUUGACGCAUUCAGGCGUGGCGAGAAAGACGUUCUUGUUGCCACUGAUGUGGCAUCGAAAGGACUGGAUUUUGAAAAUAUCCAACACGUUAUUAAUUUUGACAUGCCAGAAGAUAUUGAGAAUUAUGUGCACAGGAUUGGGCGUACUGGGCGUUCUGGAAAGAAGGGUAUGUCUACAACCUUUGUCAACAGAAGAUCAGAUAUAUCAGUUUUGCAAGAUCUGCGAGCACUUUUAAUUGAGGCUGGUCAAGAGCUUCCGGUUUUCUUGAAAGAGCUUGGUGGCCCACAACCUGCUCCUCAGAAUGAUAUUGUUAGCAAUGAAGAUAGAGGAUGUUCUUACUGUUCUGGUCUUGGCCACAGGAUUACUAACUGUCCAAAGUUAGAAAGCAUUCAAGCAAAGACAGCUGCUUAUGUGGGCCGUAAUGAAUUUGCUGGCGACGAAAUGUAA